AUGGAAAGGGGGGAGGGAAAAGCAAGAGGAAAAAAGGAAGCCCGCCCCCGGCCGCGGGGGGAUCCGCGGGGCGCAGCCCUCCCCGCGGAGCCUUUUGUUAUGCUAAUGCGGGCUGACAUCACGCCGCAUAUCAAAGCCGCGGGGGCCGCAUAUAAGGAGGCUCCGCGGGCCGCCGCGGCAGAGGCGCCCCGGCCCCCGCGCUGCUGCCCAGCCCGGCCCGGCCUGCUUGCCUUCUGAAAGCGGACGACAGUGGAGAAAAUGAAGCUGAGCCCGCAAUUUUUGUUAGCUGCUUUUCUGUCUUUGAUUCUGCAGAUGCGGAUUUGCUAUGGAAUAAAAUGGAUAGCUCUGUCCAAGACUCCUGCAGCUUUGGCCCUGAAUCAAACCCAGCAUUGCAAGCAACUUGAAGGCCUGGUGGUUUCCCAGGUGCAGCUGUGUCGAAGCAACCUGGAGCUAAUGCAGACCAUCAUCCAGGCAGCACGGGAAGUGAUAAAGACCUGCCGCAAAACUUUCUCAGACAUGCGGUGGAACUGCUCUUCUAUUGAUCUGGCUCCUAACUACCUGCUGGACUUAGAGAGAGGCACAAGGGAGUCAGCAUUUGUGUAUGCGCUUUCUGCUGCUGCCAUCAGCCACACCAUUGCUAGAGCCUGCACCACCGGGGACCUCCCUGGCUGUUCCUGUGGUCCCAUCCCAGGUGAGACACCUGGACCUGGGUAUCGAUGGGGAGGAUGUGCAGACAACCUCAACUAUGGUCUUAUCAUGGGGUCCAAAUUUUCAGAUGCUCCCAUGAAGAUGAAAAAAUCAGGAUCACAAGCCAAUAAACUGAUGCAUCUGCACAACAGUGAAGUAGGGAGACAGGUCUUGAAAGCCUCUCUUGAAAUGAAAUGUAAGUGCCAUGGAGUUUCUGGGUCAUGCUCUAUCAAGACCUGUUGGAAAGGCCUUCAAGAGCUGCAAGACAUUGCACUGGACCUCAAAAACAAGUAUUUAUCAGCCACCAAGGUUGUUCACCGGCCCAUGGGCACACGCAAAUACCUCGUGCCAAAGGAUAUCGAUAUCAGGCCGGUUAAGGAGACAGAGCUGAUUUACCUGCAGAGCUCACCUGAUUUCUGUAUGAAGAAUGAGAAGGUGGGGUCACACGGGACCCAGGACAGGCAAUGCAACAAGACCUCCAACGGGAGCGACAGCUGUGACUUGAUGUGCUGCGGCAGAGGCUAUAACCCCUACAUGGACAAAGUGGUGGAGCGGUGCCACUGCAAAUAUCACUGGUGCUGCUACGUGACCUGUAAAAAGUGCGAGAGGACUGUCGAGAGAUAUGUGUGCAAAUGAGACUCCCCCUCUUGCUCCAACCAGGAGCUGCGACGCCAGUGGCACCCAAGCACUAUUCACAGAUGAGAAAACAUUUCCCUAACUAGAUGUCGCUUAUCUUGUAAAGACACAAACUUGAAGAAAGAUCGUAGAGGAGAAAGCAAUAACACCAGUAAAAACAGGACCCUUAAGAAAAAGUAAAUGUAAAAAGCAGAAGGUUUUCUCCACCAAUAAAAUGCUCUCUGGGAAGACAAAAACUCAUUUGGGAUGGUAUCUUCUUCCAAAAUAUUUCCUGUGGUUGCCAAUGACGUCCAGCCAUCAAGUGCCUUAGUAUUUUGAGAAACAAAAGUAGAAACUUUCCUUAGGGGAAGAACAAUAACUCUUGUUGGAAAAUAAUGCCAACACCUGCUUAUGCCUUCUAGUGUGGGUAUUGGGUCUGCACUAGGACCAUCCCAGAAAGGAAAACUUUGCAGCUUUUCAGCAUUAACUCUAUUUGUUGCCAAAGACUUUAUUUUUAGCCUGGAAGCAUCCUCUCAGGAUGGCAAAGGCGGAAAGACUUUCAGGUUACUCUCCUGAAAUGAACCAAUCAUUUUAACCUUUUUUUUUUAAGCAGGUCUGCAACUUCAAAGCAACUGCCAUGGGCAAAGCUGUUCCCAUUUUACCAGAGCUGGUUUCAAACUCAACUGUUCAAAAAAAUCCUUUGGAUACUGAAGGCAGUGAGGGUAGGAUACCCUGAGAGAGGCUUUUGUGGGCAUGGGUCCACAGGAAUGUAGCAGAGUGGGUAGGAUGCAGCAAUAAAGCCAAAGAGAAAGUAAAAAACAAUUCCUGCUUGCUUUCUCUCCUGCCCUGUGGGUGUUAUGCCCUUAAUCACUGUCGCUCUGCUGUGUUGGACCACCCAAAGCCGUUGAAAUCUGCCACCUCCUCUUUUCCGCCAGCGAAGCCAUUGACCGAGCCCCGAGAAACUCCAGAGUCCUCAGCGCUGCCCAGCCCCGGCUCUCGAGAGCGCAGGCACAAAGGUUAACAGCUAUUCUCAGUAGACCGAAGUGGGAACAUGUAAAUCUCUCACAUGGCCCUGCCUUGACACAUUAUCUGUGGCUGUACAUAUUUUCUUUUGUACGCGAACGUACAGAAAUAUUUAUAAGAUAUAUCUCGUGCUUUCCUCUAUCCUCCUUAUACAUAAAUAUAUCUAUCUAUUAUAAACAAGCCUUAACAAUACUAUGAAAUAAAUGCUGAAGUUACUCAUGCAAGAGCAAAAUCCUAGAAUUAUUAUGUUUCGCUCAAGGACAUUGUUUCUUACUUGGAAAGCUACUCUAAUUUCCCUCCCAGAGAAGGGAUAAGAGGCAUUUGCUGGCAUGGAAUAGAGAAGUUCCACUAUUCCCCAUCUCCCCAGCCUGUUCGUUUUCAGCAGAAUUAGCCAAGAUACAGCUGAGGCAAUGAAACGGAGCAUUCGGAGAAAGUAAGUCACGUUCUCAUGCUGUUCUUUAGAUCAAGGAUCAUCCUCACCACUACAAUAUUCCCUCAGGCAGUGUGUUAACACAUGUGACUCAUACUUGUCAUGAGUGGUUGGUUCCUCGUUCGCGCAUGAGAAGAAGAGUUGCUGUGUAGUGGAGUUUUUGCCACUGGUUGGCUUCCCACGGACAUCCAGCUCUGUGUCUCCGUUGUGAAAGGCAGCACUGGAGAAGGUUGCCUGCUCCAGGAACAGAGCCUGUGAAAGAUUUCAGGACUUUUUAACAGACCGUGUAUGAGCAGCCAGCAAAUCUCCUCUUCGUGGAUGAAACUUCUUGUUGACCACAGUGUUCACUUGAAAGCUUCCAGUAUUCCUAAAGAUCCCUGGAUCCAGGUCUUUGAGGAUCUAGAAGAUAAAAUGUUGCCUCAAAACCACUACACAGAAAGAAGAAAAACAUGAUGUGCUUGUGGCCCGUCAUCUUUUUGAGGAACACCAUGGCCAUGAUUAGGGGCAGGAGGAAUUUCUUUCUCACUAAAUAUAUAUACAAUAAAGAGACGACAUGCACAGACAGGCCUGUGGAUCUCUAUGAGGAACUCUCUGGAGCCUACCAUAAAUUCAGUUUUUGAACCCCCUCCCCCCUGAUGUCGCAGCACCUCAGCUCAGUUCUGCCCUUCCUGUGAGGCCUCCUGGGUGCAGUCAGCCAACUUUUCCAUCCUCUAAAGUGUGUGGGGGACAGCAGGCACUUUUCUAGAGGGAAAUACGGCCAUAACACGGCUGUCUUCCUCUGAACCCUUCAUUCUCACUCAGCCGGUCUCUGAGAGUCAAGUGCCUCUGACAUGUUGCUGCACAGCCCUCAGGAAUUGGGAGAAAAAUGCCCAGCAUUGCAGGCUAUCGAGCAAAACCGGAGAUAUUUUAUUCUCCUUGGCUACUUUUAACACUACUGUAACAGGUCUGAUCUCCUCGCCUCCCUCCCUCCCCCAAUAUGUCCUGCCAAGAGCAGGCGAAAGGAAGCCUUUGGUAGGUUGUCAGUGGUUUGUGUCAUUGUCACCCCAUAAAAGCUG